AUGAAGAUUCGAUGGGCGAUUUCGUUGGAGGAGACGAUGACAUCUCCGAAUUUUCAAAACAUAUUUCGAAAAGCAAUAUUGUGUUUGUCAGAAACUGAAUUAGAAUAUCAGAAAAAAUUCCGAUUCAAAGAAGAUGCGCUGGCUUGUUUGAUCGGUAAAUUGAUGCCAAGGAAAGCAGCAGUUCUUCACACUAACAGACAAUGGAAUUCACUAGAAUUCGUGAAAAAUAAAAGCGGAAAACCAUCGUUACGUCAAGAUGCUUCUUCUGUUCCAAGAUUCGAAUACAAUGUUUCCCAUCAGGGAGAUCUUGUUGUCUUGGCCACAGGGGAUACUCGAAUUGGUGUUGAUGUGAUGCGAAUUGACGAGUCUCGCCGAGAAACAGCUUCGGAACAAGUUGACAGUUUCAAACGACAUUUCAGUGAAGAUGAAAUAGAAUCGGUAAAAGGAGGAGACAAGAGUGACUUGAAAAGGUGGCAAGCGUUCUACCGUAUCUGGUGUCUAAAAGAAUCGAUUCUAAAAGCGACUGGUGUGGGACUACCCGAUGGAUUGCAUAAUCACAUUUUUCAGUUGGACCCAAUCUACGAACACAUUCCUGGAAGCUCUACAACAUCAUCUCUAUACUUUCAUCAAUCCAUUCCACAGCCUCAAUGGACUUUUGAAGAAUCCUACAUCGGAGAAAAUCACUGUGUUGCGGUUGCUUCUGAAUCCCCAUCAAAAGAAUUCGUGCCGUUCGAAAUGACUACUCUCUCUGAGAUGAUUGAUGAAGCGGACUUCGUAAAUGUGACUGCGGACCCUGACGAAGAACUUGAUGCAUUUAUGGAAAAACCGAAUAAACCAUUUUGA